AGGAUCUAUAAAAAAUUUUCACAGUAAAAAAAGACUCAAUCUUAUAACAUCAAAUUUUGUUUGAACUCUUUAAAUUUUACCUGUGAUAUAAAAAAAUAAAUAUUUUUUCAAAAGUGAAUCUAAAUGGACCUAAAUCUUUAUGUUAUUUGCGAGCGUUUUGCUUUUUUAUGAAUGAAAAUUUUGUUCUUACAAAGAAAGUUUUAAAACCUGUUCAGAUAUGUUGACUUGUUAAGGACUGAGUGGUGAGCAGGUUUAGAGACUGAAAAAUUUUGAAGCUUUGUUGAAUACCGUUAGAGUUCGGGUAAAAUUGUCAAGACAUAAGAAUUCAAUUCAAUUGAAGUGGAGGAUGGAGCCAGGAGAGAAGAAGAAGGAGAAAGAGGAAGAGAAGAUGGUGAUGACUGUACUGCACGGCGCAGUGAUCAUAACCAUGGACGAUCAGAAUCGAGUUUUCAAGGACGGCGGCCUCGUCAUCGAACACGAUACCAUCAAGGCCAUCGGCCACUCUUCGCAGAUUCUUGCUCAAUUUUCUCAUCUUGCCCACCACCUCGUAGAUCUCACCGGCCAUAUCCUCCUCCCUGGAUUGAUCAACACCCACGUUCAUACUUCCCAGCAACUGGGAAGAGGCAUAGCUGAUGACGUGGACUUAAUGACAUGGUUGCAUGACCGCAUUUGGCCUUAUGAAUCCAACAUGACUGAACAUGACUCUUACAUUUCCACCUUGCUUUGUGGGAUCGAACUCAUUCACUCCGGCGUUACUUGUUUUGCUGAAGCUGGUGGCCAACAUGUUUCUGGAAUGGCCAGAGCAAUCAGCUUGCUUGGUAUGCGUGCUUGUCUUGCCGAGUCAAUCAUGGACUCUGGCAAUGGCUUGCCUUCCUCUUGGGCUGCUCGGACUACUCAUGAUUGCCUUCAGUCUCAAAAGGACAAUUACAACAAGUACCACAAUACAGCAGAUGGGCGCAUCCGAGUAUGGUUUGGAAUUAGGCAAAUCAUGAACAGCUCCCAACAGUUACUUCUGGAGACAAGAGAUGCCGCAGCACAACUGAGAACAGGAAUACAUAUGCAUGUUGCAGAGAUACCGUAUGAGAACCAGCUAGUGAUGGAUGUUCACAAAGUAAAUCAUGGAACUGUUACUUACUUGGAAAAGAUUGACUUUCUUCAAAAGAAUCUAUUAGCAGCUCACUCGGUUUGGCUUGAUGAUAAUGAGAUAUCUCUUUUUUCAAGAGCAGGGGUUAAAGUGUCUCAUUGUCCUGCUUCUGCAAUGCGCAUGCUUGGAUUUGCACCUGUAAGGGAGAUGCUUGGUGCUGGCAUUUGUGUCUCUUUAGGGACUGAUGGAGCUCCAUCAAAUAACCGCAUGAGCAUUGUUGAUGAAAUGUACCUGGCUUCUCUUAUUAACAAAGGGCGGGAAGUUUAUAAUAGUGGGAAUACAGAUCCAACAGCAUUGCCUGCUGAAACUAUUCUUAGGAUGGCAACGGCCAACGGCGCAAAGUCGGUCUUAUGGGAUGAUGAAAUAGGUUCUCUUGCGGUUGGAAAGAAGGCUGACAUUGUUGUUGUCAAUCCUUGGUCUUGGCCUAUGGUUCCUGUUCAUGACUGGGUUUCCAACAUAGUGUAUUGCAUGCGGACAGAAAACGUGGUUUCUGUCAUGUGCAAUGGAUUAUGGAUAAUGAAGGACAAGAAGAUUAUGAAUGUGGACGAGGAAGAGGUAAUUUUGAAUGCAAAAGAGGCUUCUGCUGAACUUUUGAAGAGGGCAGGCAUCACAUUACCAACAAGAAUGAACGUCAUCUGAUUGCUGUUUUAUUAAAGAAUUUGUUAUCAUAUAUAUUUAAACUUUCUAAAUUUGCUUAAACAAAAAAAUAAAUAAGAUAACUACUCGACCAAUUUAAGUUA